UGGUUCUAUAGUCAGACACUCUGAGGUGACACACAAGCCCCAUACACAGGCUAUCACUCUUACACUGAGAGAAAGGCGACAUCUCCAACAACAUCAAAUAAAAUAUUUAAUUCCAGAAAUCAGAAUCAUAUCAGGAGUUUUUCUUGCAUAAAGACGUCUGGCUGAGGGGGUUAACUUCGCGCGCAUUAGUAAUGCAUGAGUAGUGGGAGGGGGCUGGCCGUGCGCGAUGCCCCCCAAUAGACUCUCGAGACAUUGUCAUGGAAAGAGACCACCGCCUCGCUAUUGUCUCGCGGACUGCCAAGUUUAUUAUAAACACUGCGCGAGCUGGCCGGUGCGCUGUCAUACGGAGCGCAAAGCGAGGUGGUCAGGCAGGGAUCGAGAGAGAAGCUGAUGUGGAUGGAAGAGGAAGCUACUGAUACUGAGAGAGAAAAGAAAGAAAGAGAUUUCAGGAAUAUUGCUGUCAAGGAAGAGAGAACCACAUGAAGAAAUAAAUAUAUAGUCAAAGAACACCCUGCUUUGACUGAAAACAAGAAAACCAAAUUGGAGAGGGGCUGCUAACUCGGGGAUCUUAACCUGGUCCUUGGAGAAAUUAGAAAAACUGAACUCAUUCUGUGGUGUUUUUCCAGCUUCAACGUUUUAAUUCCUCUCGAAUCCUGAGAAGUACAUUUCAUCAAGCGCUCUCACAGAGUUGUCGUUCUCGCGUCUCCAUGUAUAAAAUGGAUUACUCCUACCUGAACUCAUAUGACUCGUGCAUGGCGGCCAUGGAGGCAUCGGCCUACGCGGACUUCAGCUCCUGCAGCCAGGCCAGCUCGUUCCAGUACAACCCGAUCCGGACCGGGUUCGGUGCCAACCCGGGCUGCGCGCCCCUCAGCACCGCGAACUGCACACUGGGGUCCCUGCGCGAGCACCAGCCCACACCCUAUUCCACAGUUCCAUAUAAGUUCUUCUCGGACCCUUCUGGUUUGAACGAGAAGCGGAAACAGCGGCGCAUAAGGACCACCUUCACGAGCUCACAGCUGAAGGAGCUGGAGCGCGUGUUCGCAGAGACCCACUAUCCCGACAUCUACACGCGCGAGGAGCUUGCACUCAAGAUCGACCUUACUGAGGCGCGGGUACAGGUGUGGUUCCAGAACCGGCGGGCUAAGUUCCGUAAGGUGGAGCGUGCGGCCAACUCUAAAUCUGGUAACGGGACCGGGGGCCCAGGAGGGAACAAUGGCUGUACCGGGGGUAAAAAGGGCGAGCCCAGAUCUUCCUCGGAUGACGACGAAUCAAAAGAGUCCACCUGCAGUCCCACCCCUGACAGCACCGCCUCGCUGCCCGGCUCAGCCAAUGGGAACAUGGGUAGCCCCGCCAGCCUCAGCCCCAGCCCCGCCCCUGCUAACAGUGGCUACGCUAACACCUCCAGCUCCCCCGUUCUGCAGGGGCUCAAACCCCCUGGCUGGCCCAGCCUAGGCCCCGCCCACCCAGGAAUGGCCCAACCCGCAGCCCAGGCUCCAGAGCUGCUGAAGGCGUGGCAGCCGGCAGACAGUAUGACAGGGCCUUUCGCUGGCGUGCUCUCCUCCUUCCACCGGAAACCCAAUGCUCUCAAGACUAACCUGUACUAGAAACAAGGAGCAGAGAUCUCUAGUAUAAUUACUGUAUAUCUAUACAGACUGACCUGUACUAGAGACAAGGAGCAGAGAUCUCUAGUAUAAUUACUGUAUAUCUAUACAGACUGACCUGUACUAGAGACAAGGAGCAGAGAUCUCUAGUAUAAUUACUGUAUAUCUAUACAGACUGACCUGUACUAGAGACAAGGAGCAGAGAUCUCUAGUAUAAUUACUGUAUAUCUAUACAGACUGACCUGUACUAGAAACAAGGAGCAGAGAUCUCUAGUAUAAUUACUGUAUAUCCAUACAGACUAACCUGUACUAGAGACAAGGAGCAGAGAUCUCUAGUAUAAUUACUGUAUAUCUAUACAGACUGACCUGUACUAGAGACAAGGAGCAGAGAUCUCUAGUAUAAUUACUGUAUAUCUAUACCGACUGACCUGUACUAGAGACAAGGAGCAGAGAUCUCUAGUAUAAUUACUGUAUAUCUAUACAGACUGACCUGUACUAGAGACAAGGAGCAGAGAUCUCUAGUAUAAUUACUGUAUAUCUAUACAGACUAACCUGUACUAGAGACAAGGAGCAGAGAUCUCUAGUAUAAUUACUGUAUAUCUAUACAGACUAACCUGUACUAGAGACAAGGAGCAGAGAUCUCUAGUAUAAUUACUGUAUAUCUAUACAGACUGACCUGUACUAGAGACAAGGAGCAGAGAUCUCUAGUAUAAUUACUGUAUAUCUAUAUUGUCCUUCCCCCUCUAUCUACUGCCCCCCGGAGCGGGACUACCCCCUUUCAUUUAUUACCACCCGAACACUCCAUGUGGCAGUUGUAGUUUGUGAAUGUGUGAGUGUUUGUGUUGAAGUGUGUGUAACAUGCAUCUCGUACGGGGAGUGUGUGUGUGUGUGUUUAUGUAUGUGUGUGUAUGUGUGUGUGUCAGUUGUUCUGUAUGUUCUCACUCCAACAAAGCUACACAUACUUCCCAACACACACACUAUACACAGUACGAAAGGCCUUAGCAGACAUUGUGGUGCACUUAGUAACAGUAGCUCCUAGCCCCUGUACCCCCUGAUUAGUAUGUGAACAUGGCAGGGUGAAGGUAAACAGUCAGUCUCCCUGGGGAGACUCAGGGGACAAAACCCAAACUGUUACCAGCAAGCACAACUUCCUUUAUAUCCCUGGCAGAGAGAGGGGACCCCCAAAUCCCUCUGUACUGGAGAGGGGACCCACAAAUCCAAUUAUCCCCCUGAAGGCCAGACCAGACCCCCACUCACAUCCUCACUACACCCCACGCCAAUGUACCCCGACACAACUCCUACUGUCAGACAACCCCCCCCCGCCACCCCGGUCCCCGUUUCCCUGGACGACCAGCUCAAACAUCUCACAUAUACGUAUUCCUUUACCCUUCACAUAGCGACGCUCCCUCCCUGACUGACUGGCUGGCUGGCUGGCUGGCUGGCUGGCUGACUGACUGGCUGGCUGGCUGACUGGGGGAAGGUGGGGGCAGAGGUUUAAGAUGUUUUGGGAUUCAGGUCAGCAUUGUUGUAUUUCCUCUGACCUGAGCUUGAACACUAGUGAACCAGUGGUUGACCUUUAUUAUUGCAUAAAACACGUCACUCUAAUGGUCUGUGACACUACUCCCCGUGUCCCUCUCUCUCCCUCUCUCUCCCUGUCUCCCUCUCUCCCCCCUCUCCCUCUCCCUCUCUCCCCCC